AUGGCAGCUCACCACACUCGUUCUUGUAGUUUUCCCUCCAACUCUCACCCAAUUGUUACUCAAUUGGAUGAAAGUUUGUGCAGAUUGAGGUCAUCUCAAGCGGCCUCUACUUCAUCAGUGACCAACAAACUUAACGACCUUAAAGAUUUAUACAAGUGCGUUGAUGAGUUUCUUCAACUGCCUCUUAAUCAGAAAAACGUAUCUCAAACUCAAUGGGUUGAGGAGGUCUUGGAUGGAUCUCUAAGGCUUCUCGACAUUUGUAGCACAUCAAGGGAUGUCUUGGCACAAUCAAAAGAACGCAUCCAAGACAUUCAAUCAGUACUACGAAGGAGGUGUAGCGGUGAACUUAACAUUACCAGUGAAGUCGCCGAAUACCUAAAAACCCGAAAAACAUCCAAGAAGAUGAUGAAGAAGUGCUUGAAAGAUAUUAAGGAAGUCGACAACACUCAAGAAGCCAACGUCCUUACAGAUGUGCAAGCGAUGACAGUUGACGUGAUCAAGUCGAUGUUAUCCUACAUCGUUGGAUCACAAAAAAAUAGUUGGUCUUUCUCCAAACUUGUCGGCCAAAAAGCUGAGAAGGAAACAUCAGCAUCCACCAGUGAAUUCGAUGUAGUUGAUGCUACUUUGGAGGUGUUCUGUCACAAAAAGAAAGCAAAUGUUGAUAUGUCACAAUUGAUGAAAUUGGAGUCAGAAGUUCAGGAAAUUGAUGAAGUCUUUGAAUGCUUAUUUAGGCAUUUGGUUAAGACUAGAUCAACUCUUCUUAAUGUCCUUAGUAACUAG